AUGAGCAGUGAUAAUUUAAGAAAAGGAUUGAUAAAUGAUAGCUUUGGAGAUUUCGGAAGUUUCGUAGAGACCCUCAUCCCAGAGGAGAAAAAAACAGCAAGAGAAAAAGCAGGAUUUUUAUGGAAAUUGUUUGUAUCCUGGAUUUAUCCAACACUGUAAAAAUUUAUUCAUAAUUUAAGAAAAUUAGCUUAAAAAUAACCUUUAGAAGUUGAAACUAUAUAGCCACUUUCAAAGACAGAAAAAUCCUCAUAUCUAUAUGAGAAAUUCAAAAAUUAGUUGAUUAUUACUUAGAAAGGAGAAAAUACUUUAUUUAAGGCUUUGUUUCGCACUUUCCAAAAAUAAAUCAUAAUUACUUUUAUAUGGUUGGUAAUUUCAGUUGUUACAUCUGUUGUCAUUCCAAUAAUGAUUAAAAGCAUUAUAGACUAUAUUACAAAUUAAGAAGAAGAUUAUGUUUAUGCUUCUACAAUCAUUGCUGUUAUAAUGAUUUCAAGAGCAAUUAAUAUGAUUUCAAAUGCUUAAGCAAGACUUGAGAUUGUAAUAAAAAAUUGAUAUUUUAAGAGAUCUUUCGGAUUUGAUGCCUAAUCUGUACUUUCGGUAGAAUUAAUGAGUAAAAGUCUAAGAACUUCAUUUUUAAGUAAUCCUCGAUAUACUACUGGAGAAGUGAUAAAUUUAAUGCAAGUAGAUGCAGGAAAACUAUAAUUUGUUACAUAUUAUUUAGGUGUUGCUUUAUUAGUUCCAAUUUAAUUGAUACUCACUGUAUAUUUGAUGUUUGUUUAUAUUGGAUUAUCAUUUUUGGGGGGAUUUGGAAUUAUGAUAUUGACAGCAGUUUGGAAUACAUUAAUAGGAAAGUUUUUAAUGAAAUAUUAAUAGACAAUGAUGAAAGAGAAAGACAAGAGAACCAAUUGUGCUAACUAAAUAUUUUCAUAAAUUAAGUUUAUUAAAAUAAAUGCAUUUGAAGAUUUCUUUAGAAACAAACUUUUUAAAUUGAGGAAAGCUGAAAUUGAUAUCACUAGAAAGCGUUAUUUUGGAACUGCUUUUUAUAUAUUUUCAGUAUGGUUAAGUCCAUUAUUAAUAUUAAGUGGAACAUUCCUUAUGCAUAUACUAUUAGGUCAUCAAUUAAGUGCUGGAAGUACUUUUGCAAUAAUUAGUUUAUUUUAAAUGUUACAAUAACCUUUAUUGUAAUUACCAAUAGCAAUUAAUGAGGUUAUGGCUACAAAUAUAAGUUUAAAAAGAAUAUAGAAAUUCUUAUUUACUGAUGAAUUAUAAUCUGAUUGUAUAUAAUUUGAUUAUUAUGGGGAUGAAAAAUCAUUGGAAAUAAAAGAUGGUAAUUUCUAUUGGUCAGCCCUUAAGAAGGAAGAAAUUGAUGAGUAAGAAAAAAAGGAAUAGGAAAACAAAAAGAAAAAGAAAUAAAAGAAAAAUAAAAAUAAAAAGCUUUAAGUAGAAGAGUAAAUUCAAAAGGAAAAUGAGAAAAAGCAAGUAUUAUUUAAUAUCAAUAUUGAAAUAAAAAAGGGAAAGAUGGUUGGUAUAAUAGGAGAUGUGGGAUCAGGCAAAACAUCAAUUUUAUAAGCAAUAAUAGGGGAAAUGUUGUAUAACCCUGAGAAUCCACCUAAAGUUACUAUUACAGGGUCAUUGGCAUAUGUAGGAUAGAAAUAUUGGAUAUAAAAUUUAACUGUAAAAGAAAACAUAUUAUUCGGAUUAGAAUAUAAAGAAUAAAAAUAUAAGAAUGCCCUUAAAUAUUCUUGUUUAUAAUAGGAUUUGAAGAUAUUAAUAAAAGGUGAUGAAACUAUGAUUGGAGAAAAGGGAAUAAAUUUAUCUGGUGGUUAAAAAGCAAGAAUAAGUUUGGCUAGGGCUAUUUAUAGUGAUGCUGAUAUUAUAUUAUUGGAUGAUCCAAUAAGUGCAGUUGAUGCUCAUGUAGGUAAUUUUAUUAUGAAUGAAUGUUUAAAUGGAUAUUUAAAAGAUAAAACAAGGAUUCUUAUCACUCAUGCCUUAAAUAAUUUACAAUAUGUAGAUUAUGUAUAUCUAUUUGAAAAUGGAUCAAUAAUUGAGUAAGGUACAUUCUAAGAAAUACAAUAAUCAACUAGUUUUAAUUCAAUAUUCCAAAAAUUAUACAAACAUUAAAAUCAUAAUGAGGAGGAAGAAACCAUUGAAUAGAAAGUUGAGGAGCUUCCUUAAUUGGCUAAAUAGGCAUCUUAGAAAGAGGAAAGUAAGAAUGAUUAAAAUAAUGAAUUGAUGUUGGAUGAAGAUAGAGAAAGAGGAAAUUUGGCAUUAGAAACUUAUAAGCAAUAUUUUAAAUUAACUGGGUAUUUUAAUAUAUGUUUGUUGGUUUUUAUUUAAAUAUGUUGGAUAGGAUGUUAUUUUGGUACUUCUAUUCUAAUUGCUCUUUGGACUUCUCAUGCAGAGGAGGAUGAACAUAUAGACAAUUAUAAAUAUUUAGAAGUCUAUUUUUAUUUCUCUUUAGGAUAAGGAAUAUUUGCAUUUUUGAGACCUCUUUUAUUAGUUUCUGCUGGAACAAGAACAUCUGAUAAAAUUCAUACAAGAAUGAUAAAGUAAAUAUUAAAUAUUAAAUAAUAGUUGUUUAUUAUAUGCACCUUAAUGCUCAUUUUUUGAAAGGGUACCUUUAGGUAGAAUAUUGAAUAGAUUAACAAAAGAUUAAAAUUCAUUAGAUAGUGAAGUAUAUUGGGGAUUGAGUUGGUUUUUUGUGUCUAUUAGUUUAUUGAUAGCCAAUUUGACUAUUUAUGUAUACUCAAGCACUGCUUAUAUGUUGAUUCCAUUAUUUUUUUACUUUUGUUUAUGUUGGUGGAUUUAAUAAUUAUAUGUUACAGCUAGUAGAGAAUUACAAAGAUUGGAAUCAAUUUCUAAAAGUCCUAUUGUAAGUUUCUUUGGUGAAUGUAUAAAUGGAUAAAGUUAUGUGAGAGUAUUCAAAAAAGAAAGUAAAUUUAUAGAAAAGCAUUGUGAUAAUAUGGAUGUAAAUAGAAGAGUGUUUUUAGAAUUAAUAGGAUCUUAGACUUGGUUUAUGUUGGUUUUAGGAUUAGUGAGUUUAGUUGUAAAUGCAAUGGCAAUAGUUUAUUGUGUAUUCUAUUCAUUUUCUAAUCCAUCUUUGGCUGGAUUAUUAUUAACAUAUGCAACUUAAAUAGAUGGUAAUGUUUCAGAAUGUGUUCAAUCAUUUAGUUAAUUAUAAUUGGGAUUGGUAUCAUUUGAAAGAUGUUUGGCAUUUACUAAGAUCGAACCUGAACCUGGAUAUAAAGAAUUAGUUGAUAAUCAUUUAGUGGAAGUAUCUCAUUAGGAGAAUUACUUAGAUCAUUGGCCAAAAGAAGGCAGAAUAGAUUAUAUAAAUUAUUCAGUCAGAUAUAGAGAAGGAUUGAAGCCAGCAUUAAAAAAUUUAAAUAUUACAAUUGAUCCUUAGGACAAGAUUGGAGUUGUAGGUAGAACUGGAGCAGGUAAAUCUACUAUGACAUUAACUCUUUUGAGAAUUUUAGAGGCUUUAGAAGGGAAAAUCAUUAUUGAUGAUGUAGAUAUAUCAACUAUUUCAUUAAAAUAACUUAGAGAACAUAUUACAAUGAUUAUGUAAGAUUCAACAAUUUUUGAUGGAACCUUAAGAGAGAAUAUAGAUCCUUUAAAUUAAAGAACAGAUGAAGAGAUCAUAAAAGUUUUGGAGUAAUGUUGUUUGAAGGAAUUGACAUAAUAGAGAAAUGGAUUAAAUACUUAAAUUAGUGAAGGAGGAGACAAUUUGAGUUCUGGGGAGAAAUAAUUAAUAUGUAUUGCCAGGGCUGUUUUGAAAAAAAGUAAGGUGGUUUUAAUUGAUGAGGCAACUGCAAAUAUUGAUGUUGAGACUGAACAUAAAAUAUAAGAAACAAUCUUGAAUGCAUUUAGUGAUUGCACUGUUAUUACAAUUGCUCAUAGAAUAAAUACUAUUUUACAUUGUGAUAAGUAAUUUAUAUAUAUUAAUAUGUUAGAAUAAUUGUUAUUGAUUAAGGUGAAAUCAAAGAAUAUGGCAAGACUCAAGACUUAUUAUUAGUAAAAGAUUCAAUAUUUUAUGGUAUAUAUUAAGAAGCAUUAAAACAUAACAAAAAAUGA